AUGGGGAGAGCGCCGUGCUGCGAGAAGGACGGUCUGAAGCGGGGCGCGUGGAGCCCCGAGGAGGACCAGCGGCUGGCAGACUACAUCGCGCAGCAUGGCCACUCCAACUGGCGCGCCCUCCCCAAGCACGCAGGGCUUCUGCGGUGCGGGAAGAGCUGUCGCCUGCGGUGGGUCAACUACCUCAGCCCGGACAUCAAGCGGGGCAACUUCACCGCCGACGAGGAGGACCGCAUCAUCCGCCUCCAUCAGGCCCUCGGCAACAGGUGGUCCGUGAUAGCUGCGCAGCUGCCCGGGCGCACUGACAACGAGAUCAAGAACGUCUGGCACUCGCACCUCAAGAAGAGGCUGGAGGACGGCCUGAAGCCAGCCGCCGAUCACGACGCCGGCGGCAGUGGCCGGCAGAAGUCACGCAAGCAGGCCAAGGCUAGGAGCGCCACGGUCGACGCUCGUGAGCGGCACACGUCGCUGCAGGGGCAGUCGAGCAGCGGCUUGACGUGCUCAACGGUGACCGAGUCGGCGGCGGCGGUGACAUCCUCGCCGAGCGAUAACGCCACCAUCACAAGCGCGAGCCACGGCCACCAGCUCGUCAAAGAGGACACCUUCAGCUCGGAGGCGGUCACUGACAACAGCUUCUUGUCUUCAACAGACGUGACGGGAAUGAUAGACCUCGGUGCCAUGGGCGAGGACCUGAGCCUGGUGAUGAGCUCAUCAUCGACGUGGAGCGAUGACCAGGACUUCUGGAUCAACAUGCUGCAGGAGGGCGGAGACAUAAUAGACUUGCCAAAGUUGUAA